UUGCUGAUUCGCCAUGCCAAGUUGAGCUCGGAAUCUGUACCUAUAUAGUUGGUUUCAGUUGGAGCCUUGGACCAUUGGAACUAUGUUUGCGGCUUUGGUCAAAACAGCUGUUGAAGAAAUUGCUUGGGAAGGUCCGCCUGGUAUAUCUUGGUCGCAGCUUCUUGCGACAUUGCAGCAAAAUGGUGACUUUACGAUUGAUGCUCCAAUACGAACCGGGUUGUGGAGAGAGCUGGCCAAGCAAGACAUCAUUGUGCGAGGUGCAAAAGGUGCAGCGCAUCGCUCUGGGCGGGCGUUACCAGCAGCUACAGCAGCUAUGGCGGCAACAGAACCAUCAGAUGCAGAUAGCGGAAAAGUCUUGCUGGACAUUCCAAAUGCAUUGAGGUCACACUUUUUGCUCCUGGAUGCGCAUCCAGAUAUUGCAGAAAAUGAUUUGUCAAGGAGAGCCCUCCAACUUGUGGCCAAGAGCAGAGCCAAAGGAACUUCAGGCGCUAGCCUCGCAUCACAGUUGGGUGUUAAUUGCAGAGAUUUGUUUUACGUGUUGGAAGGCCUCAGAACUGCUGGUUUGUUGGUUGGGGUGUUGCCACUCGCGCAGAAAGACUUGGGAGUCAGUAAAGAAUCUUCUGACCUGCUACCUGGCAAUCUUUUCCUUUUCUCGAGAUUUUUUGACACGGAGAAUGUAGAGAAAGACCAGAUACAGGCAUUUAUCCAAAGUUCAUCUUCCAGACUUCAAAACCAGAUUUUAUCGGCGCUGCAGCUGCAUUCCUCGGGUGUCUGUUUUGAGCAUGACUUGAAGUGCGUGAUCGGGCAGUCUUUGGAAGAAAAUACCUUCAAACCGUGUCUGUCACGGCGAACUGUGAACAAAAUAUAUCAGCGUAUCCGCAAUGACAUGGUUGCGGCCGGAGACGUGGAAUGUGUACGAGCGUGGAAUCAUCAUGCACACCAUUGGCGCGAUGCUUUAUGUAUCCCAGGAACCCAUGGUGGUCAAACAGAAAACCCUGGCAUGCAGCCUCUCCUUGCCAUCACUGAAGGUCAAGAUGACUCCAUGGAUGCAAACAGUGCACAGCAUUCAGAUCAAGGCAGUCAGGUGAAUCACAUCCCCUCCAUCCCUGACUUGGUGUCAGCACCGAGAAGGACCCUUCGUGUAUGUGAGAGAUCAUUUACACAGCAGGCUGAGGACUUGAUUCGGUGCUCGAGCAAAUGUUGCAAUGGCAUCACAGGGCCCGAGCUGGCAGACUACCUUGGGAUCCGCCGGAAGCAUUCGGAAAGAAUUCUCAAUGAUUUGGUCAAAAGGCAACGGGUUUUGAGAGUGUUCGAAAGUGAUGGGAAGACCCAUUUAAACAGAUAUUUUGACGCACAGCAUCGCUUUGAUGCACCAUCAGGAACAAGCCACAAGCGCCCUCGGAAUGGAACUCAGCCUGAAAAGCCUUCCAAGCAUGGCAAAGAAGCAGGAAACAAGCGAAUUGAUACUACAUUUGUUCGACGGCAGCAGCAUUUGGAAGUCUUGCUGCAGGCUCGUGGGGUUUUAACGCCUGUGGACGUUACAAAGAUUGCAGCAGAAGAUGCAGCAUUGGGCAAGAUGGACCGUAAGACAGCCAAGAAGUUGUUCAUCGAGCUUUCGGAAUCAAACAAAAACGUGGGUAUUGCAACACGAAACGCCACCGAUGAUCCGGAUCGGAUCCAAUUUGCAUACUGGAAGCCGCUCCAUUCUAGGGAGAGUGCGCGGAAAGCUUUCGAAGAAGCCUUGAAGGUUCAAGAAGAGAGGCGCUUCAAAAAACUCCGGAAAGAUGCACCUCUAGCAUUGACGGACGCAGCGGAUUCGCAGGAACAAGUUCUCUCACCCCAAAGGUCCACGCCAGCAGCUAGACGAACACUACCUGCAAGCGUCACAGCGCAGAACUUGCACCGUCUUGGCCGGAUUCACAUGCUAACAACACCUCAAGUAACGUUGGACCAACGAAUUCUGCAGCACUACGGUUUUCUCAGUGCUAUAGUCGUGCGAACACAACUUUUGCAUGAGAUGCUCUUGCGUAAAGCGGGGCAUGAUUUUGAACUGCAGUGGACUCCUUCCAAGAUCGUUGACGAGAUGGACUUGGAUAUUUUUUUGCAAGUGAUUGGUUGUGGGACAUAUUCCGAUUUACUCGACGAGAUUUUGCUCAGCCAGGAUUCGUUAUUGGUGAGAGACGUGCCUGACGAGCUGAGAAGGAUGUUGUUGGGGCGCACGCAUACUUCUGGUAAUUUGCGGUCUGUGCAUGCAGUUCGUCGAUUGAUGAGACAUUUGGUGAAACUUGGUUUGGCAGAGAGUUUGGGAGAAGAUGAGCCAGGAGCGGUUCAAAUCAAGUAUCAACUGAAUCGCUUUGUCCAGGUUCCGACCUUUACGGCUGAAUCCAAGGUGACUGACCCCGCCGGGAGUUUUGAUUUGGCUCAACCAACCGCCGCGAAUGCAUAUUGGACAUGUCUGCAGGGCCAAGUGGAAAUCUGGCGCACGACCGUCCGCGCGGACAGCUCUAGCGGGGAGGACAAGGUUGACAAGGCUGACAAGGUUGACAAGACCAAAGAUCCAAACCGACGUGCCAAACGCACGGUCACGUUGCCUGCCAAUGCCAUGCUGCCGGAAAUCUUCCAAUCGAAAAACUGGACAAAGUCUGCUUGGCUGACGCCGCGGCAGCGAGCUUCCAUGAACGAUUUUUACAGUGAUGUUCAUGCCAAAGUGGAAGCGUGCAAUCCAGAUGAGCAAAUGGAAGAAGUGCAAAUCAACACACCAGGAAGGGUGCUUACACCCAAAUCGGCUGAAGUGAUGGCUUUGAGUCGUCAAAUCAUGGUACCCCCAGAUAGAAUCAUCAAGUAUUGUAGGCACUUGACCGAUCUGCGGGGAGCACACCCAUCCGGAAACCAAGUCGAGUUUUCAUCUCUCCUGGCCGUCCGCUUCAAAUGCCACCUUUGCGGCUAUUUGUGUUUUCAGCGCACCAGCAUAGCAGAGCACUAUGCAAAACUCCACGGAGAGAAAUUGCCUGAAGAUGAAAGCAGAUUUAGUGAAGCGGAUUUCUAUGCGCAACGCUUGGAACAAGCAAAGCCUCGACGUGAUGGCAAGCGGCGGUUGCGAAAACGUUCAGUGCAGACGCCGGAUGCCAAUCCUUAUCCAUGGCCAGCGGCCGAGGGUCAGAGAAGUGACGAGGAAGAAGAAGGGCAGGAGCGCAGCCGUUGGGGAGCGGAGCUGGCAGAUGAUGCUUCGUGGCUGCAACUCUUUGCCGUGGCCGAAUCCAUGGCGUGUUUGCAACAGGCUUCAGAGGGCAAAGCUGUCCAGAAGCGUCCUGUGGGGUGUGAGUUACGCACAGAUGCUUCAACCUGGCCCAUACUGUCAAGACUGUCUGGCCGUUCCGCAUCAUACUGCCGCAGUCGGUUGCAUGGUUUGUUGAGCCAAGAUGUGAAGAACAGGCGGACUGUGGCUGCCUUGAGAUCUUUUGAGAUGCAAGCUGAAAGUGGAUUGACAUCUUUGGGGAUGAAGGGAAGCAUCGGCCGUGCUGUUGCCAAGUCACUACUGCUCACAUGUCAUGAGGUGCCAGCCUAUUGGUGGAAAAUUGGCUUCUUGAAUGCAGAUGUCAAGGCAAUGGUGGAUUGUGUGAUACGACAGUGGCAGUGCGAUGGUUUGGUCAGCAAGUACAAGGAGGCAAGAUGCACCAAGCUCCCGCCGCGUGCUAGACCCUCUUGGAUAUUGACAUGGUUCAGCAGGAACCGCAUGUUUGGCAAACCAUCAGACCUUCCACGAUGGCAAGAUGUUAUGUCUUUGCUGUUUGGUUCUCAAAGCAUUGCCAAGAAGAUGUUGCCCGAAUCAUCUGAUGGUGCGCAGCUUCUUGUUUUGUCCGGAGCUGUGGCGAAUGAUUCUGCAAGCCUCUGCCCUGACUGGGGUGACCCAGAAUUCUACAGACAAUCCCUUUCAUCUCCUCCUCCCUGGCAGAUGAGUAGCCAAAUGCAGAGUGAUGAGGAGGAAUGUGAAGUUGAAGAAGCGCCGGGCACUUCAAGCAGAGCUCAAUAUGGUGGUGUUCAGUCACAUUUGCAGUUGACAAGUGAGGAGCCAACACUGAAAUCAGUUCUUGUGGACUUCAAUCCUCGCAGACUCAAAGCCGCUGCCCUCUUGCAUUCCUUGUCUCUAAGUCAGGACGAGCUCAACAAGAUAAGCGGAGAGAACGAACCCAUAAACCCUCAAAUGCAGUACUGCACUUCGGGCCAAUCAGGGGUCACUCAAGGAGCAGAGAAAGAGGAUGAAGAGGAUGAAGGGAAUGAAGGGAAUGAAGAGGACCCGUCCAAUGGCGAAGAUGAGGCACCUGUUGCACGUACAGAUGCUGAUAGUGUGCAAUCUGGGGCUGAUGUUGAAUGUAAAUUGUCUGGGAAGCCCGCUCAGGUUUCAACAAUGUGUGCAGCGUUUGCUGCGUAUGCAGAAGAGUCCUGCCAGACGAAUCAAGGAACAAAGGUAGCCGUUGAUGACUUGUUGCAAUCUGCAACAUUUUUAUUCAAAACCAUCGUCCUUUCUCAAAGUGGAGAGGCGACAGAUGCUUCAAGCCCUGACCGAGACUUGCUGCCGGGUCUCGCACUUUCGGAGCUCAGAGAGAAGUACGAGUCAUAUGAGCGAGAGAAAAUCCCGAAAGCCAAAGAUUCCCGAGAUACACGAGCUCGAGCAGCAAGUAGCGGAUUUUCUCGCAUCCCUUUCCAAAGUGCUUUGAGAUGCCUGGAGGAUCUGAGGCUUCUUGUUCCCUUUCCUUGUGGUGAGGACUUUCGCCUGGUACUGGCACGCAAUGCUGCGCCAUAUUGUCUCAAACACGUUGAUGAAGCUGACAAGAGGCCAAGUGAAGAGCUUCUCCAGCUACUGCAUAGAUUUCAGCAAAACGGCUUUGGAAGACAUUGGCUGUUGCCAUACGUUCAGAUGAAGCUGCCCCAAGAAUCUAUCCAAGAAGCUGCUGCCUGCAUCUUUUUCACUGCACUAGGUGCCGACAGCAUGCUGGAGCGAUGGUUGCUCCCCGCUGGAUUGGUAGCUCCAUGUGCGUGGGUGAACGCCAAGGGACAACUGAACAUGUUGGUUCUACGAUGUUUGCUGUCAAGAUUGCUGCAGUUGCUGCUACGUCAGCCAUUUGCAUCUGCAGCAGAGUUGAUUCAGCACUUGGGCAUUCUUGACAUCUGCGAGGUCGAGUAUCUCCUAGAACUUGCAGUGUUCGUGGGAGCAGCCGAUCCAGACAGCGGCAUACCCGAGACGGAGGGUGGUCGGAGUCCUCGCUACCGGUGUGCUUUCCUGAGAUGAGCGGCGCAUGCUCGCAGCCAUGGAGAUCCAGCGCAUGCAGAGUGCCGUUGCUCAAAAC